GUUAAACAAAUAAUUUCAUUAAAAAGACGGCUGCCAAAUGUUUGCUUCCGAUAUGAAUCCGGCAAGGUUUGCCGGUGUAGUAACCACCUCCGGUGUUGUGCUUUUCCCAAUUCAGUUUACAUGGCCACAUGGUGGGAGAAGUGUCUUCUUGUCUGGCUCUUUCAAUGGGUGGACCGAGCUCGUGCCAAUGUCACAGGUUGAAGGUUCCUCCAAUGUGUUUCAAGUUGUUUAUGCCGUACCCCAUGGUUCCCAUGAGUACAAGUUUCUCGUUGAUGGUGAAUGGCGACAUGAUGAACAACAACCUCACAAGAAUAGCGAAUAUGGAAUAGUAAACACUUUUGAAGCUAGACCUAUGACUGUGGAGGUCCCUCAUGUCCAAUCUCGUCAAGAUAUAAUGAAUAGCAUGGAAGUAGAUAAUGGCCUCGUGCAUCGAGUUUCUUCUGUUGCGUUGAAUCAAGCAAUGCCUAGGAUUUCAGAAGAGGAUGUACAAGCCUCCCGUCAUCGCAUCUCUGUAUACUUGACAGGGCAUACUGCUUAUGAAUUACUACCUGAGUCAGGCAAGGUUGUUGCCUUGGACGUUGCUUUGCCUGUAAAACAAGCGUUCCAUAUUCUGUCGGAGCAGGGCAUUCCUUUGGCUCCUCUUUGGGACUUCCGCAAGGAGAAGUUUGUUGGAGUUAUUAGUGCUUCGGAUUUUAUAUUGAUUCUCAGAGAGCUUCUAAAGCAUCGAUCAAAUUUGACAGAGGAAGAGCUUGAAACACACAGUAUCGCUGCAUGGAAGCAGGGAAAGGCUUACAUGACUGGACAAGUUGAUGGGCAUGGGAGACCAAUUCCGAAAGAUCUUAUCUAUGUUAGCCCAUGUGAUAAUUUGAAGGACGUAGCUUUAAAAUUUUUGCAAAAUGGAGUUGCUAUUGUUCCUGUUAUCCAUUCAUUAUCGGAAGAUGGUUCGCAUCCCCAGUUAUUACAUCUUGCUUCUCUUGCCGGAAUAUUAAAAUGUAUUUGCAGGUAUUUUAAACAUUGUCCCAACUCUUUGCCCAUACUACAAUUACCUAUCUAUGCAAUCCCUCUGGGUACGUGGGUUCCAAGAAUUGGAGAAACCAGCAGUCGGCCAUUUGCAAUACUGAGACUUACUGCCUCUCUUAGUUCCGCAUUAAAUAUGCUAGUUGAAGCUAAAGUAAGUUCAAUACCUAUAGUUGAUGAUAAUGAUUCGUUAGUGGACAUAUAUUGUCGGAGCGAUAUUACAGCUUUGGCCAAAGGCAGAGCUUAUACACAUAAUCUAAAUGAAAUGACUGUUCAUCAGGCAUUGCAAUGGGGACAAGAUUCCAACCCUCCUUAUGAGAGAACUCAAAGAUGUCAAAUGUGUUUGCGCACUGAUACAUUGCUUAAAGUGAUGGAACAAUUGUCCAACCCUGGUGCUAGACGGCUUGUUAUUGUGGAAGCCGGAAGUAACCGUGUAGAAGGCAUCAUCUCACUUACCGACAUUUUCAGGUUCUUACUAGGUUAGAGUCGAGUACGGCUUCGAUAACCUAUCGAGAGAAUUGUUCUUUCAGCGAUUUUUGGACUCAUGUCUUGUGGGCAUCAUUCCCUGCUCCCCCACCAAUGCUGCUGGAGAUCUUAUCCCAUAUUCAACCAUUGAUUUUGGCCUCAUGCUUUCUUGCCUGUGUUUUAGAAUUUUAGGCCCCAAGAAAGAGGUUUGUAGUUUAAAAGAUCUGUUAAUUCUCAGUAUUAAAAUACAAAAGAUUAUGUGACCAAUGUAGAUGCCAUUGUCAGCCAUUUUCUGA